AUGCAAGUGAUUAUUGUGCUGAGUUUGUGUGUGGCCGCUGUAACAGCCCAAGUUACAUACUCGAGAUCACAAAGUCAAAGUGAAAGUGGCAGCAUUGCCUAUCCUAAUUAUGGUGGAUACCCUGCUGGUGGUGGCUAUGGUUAUCCUGGUGGUGGCGGCGGCGGCUAUGGAGGCUAUGGUUAUCCUGGUGGUGGUGGUGGCGGCUAUGGGGGCUAUGGGGGCUAUGGAGGCUACGGGGGUCGCGGAGGCAGACAUCAUCAUCACCACCAUCACGGCGGCUACUACGUUUAG